AGCGUCUAUACCGGGAUAGGUUUUAUUUCCAGGAGCCAGCAGGAGGAAACUACACAACUAGUGUCAUUGAGUCAGAGUUUCUUUUUUUUCUCACACAGCUACACAUUAAAGAGAGGGAACUCGUGCACAGGAAGCCUUUACACGCAUGGAGAGAGAGCAGAGAAAAAUAAAAGACAACGCCUGCUACCGGUUACAGCAGUGUGUGCGUGACCCGCUCAUAGACGCAUGCAACUAAAAGGGUCCUCGCCUAACUGGGUGGAUUGUAUCCUGUAUGCUGAGAACAGGCGACCGGCAGGGCAGAAUGUCAAGACGGGACCAGAGGUUUCGGAGAGGAAUGAAGGGACGGUGUUGUGACUGUGAGUGUAUCCUGUCUCAGUGGUACUAUGAAAGAGAGGGACAGCUCUACUGUAAGAAGCACUACUGGUCCCGUUUCGGAGAACACUGCCACGGCUGCAAGGAGACCAUCGCAACAGGGCUCGUCAUGGUUGCAGGAGAGCAAAAAUACCACCCUGAGUGCUUCACUUGUAUGAGCUGUGAGAUGGUCAUAGGAUACGGGGACACCUACUCGCUUAUUGAACGCUCAAAACUAUACUGCGGCCACUGUUUCUGUCAGGGUGUCGUACCUGCCGUGAGGUCAGCGUCCCCCCCCACAACGAUUCCCCACAUGGUGGCUCUGGUGUCCCUCCCUCCCCACACACUUGGCCAGCGGGGUCUGACAGUCACUGUUGACUUAAGCCAAGAGUCAAACCCGCUUGUCACUGUGACAGAGUUAGACUCAGCUGUCAUCAGCCCUGACCUGCUGUCUGCUGUCCAAGCUGGGGAUAAAAUCCUGGAGGUCAAUGGCAUCCCUGUCCGCAAUAUUCCUCCAGAUGAGAUAAACCGUGUGAUCCAGGACACACGCCUGCCACUGCAGCUGACCAUCGAACACAGCCCGCCAUCUCCCCACGAGCACCUUCAGUCUGACCGUCCCCCGGACGGCAUCAGCUGCGCUGACUCCCGUGUCAGAGACAAGCCCGUGUCUUCCCUGGCGCUCCCGAGUCUGGAGGAAGAGCCGAGUCCACGGGAGGAGACGGACGAACAAAGGAUGAGCCUCUCCCCACCUCAGCAGCAAGGAACCCCGGGAAUGCGGUCCAGACACAUCCUGCGCAGCUUUAGCAUAGACAAGUGCCCCUUCUCCCCUGGAGCUCUUUCCCUCAUAUCUCAGAGAAGAGACAUGGUUCGCUCCGAGUCUCUUCGAGUGGACCCCGGAGAACGGACGCACCGCAUCUUCAGACCCUCAGACCUGAUCCACGGAGAGGUGCUAGGCAAGGGCUGCUUUGGACAAGCAGUCAAGGUAACACACCAGGUGACAGGCGAGGUGAUGGUGAUGAAAGAGCUGAUACGCUUUGACGAAGAGACACAGAGGACUUUCUUAAAGGAGGUGAAAGUGAUGCGCUGCCUUGACCAUCCCAACGUUCUUAAGUUCAUUGGACUGUUUUACAAAGACAAACGAAUUCAUUUUGUCUCAGAGUACAUCCAGGGUGGAACUCUCAGAGAGACGAUUGUAAAAAUGGACAAGGAUUUUCCUUGGAGUACAAGGGUUAGUUAUGCCAAAGACAUUGCAGCUGGAAUGGCAUAUCUACACUCCAUGAAUGUAAUCCACCGAGAUCUAAAUUCAUACAACUGUCUGGUCAGAGAGGACCAGUCUGUGGUGGUGGCAGAUUUUGGACUAGCUAGGCUGGUGAUGGAGGAGAAGAACCAGAGCAGAACAUCUUCUCUGGAACGACCCUCAAAGGGCCCGCUGUCGGAGCUGCGCCGACCUGACCGCCGGAAACGGUAUACUGUGGUAGGAAACCCCUACUGGAUGGCCCCUGAGAUGAUCCAUGGCAAAACCUAUGAUGAACGUGUUGACAUAUUCUCCUUUGGAAUAAUGAUAUGUGAGAUUAUUGGUAGAGUGAAUGCUGACCCUGACUACCUUCCACGAUCAAAUGACUUUGGACUAAAUGUGGCAGGCUUCCUGCAGCAGUACCACCCUGCUCAGUGCCCCUCGGCCUUCCUGCCGCUGGCCGUGCUCUGUUGUGAUAUGGAUGCUGAUAUACGACCCUCAUUUUCAAAGCUGCAGGAGUGGCUGGACAACCUGCUGAUGCACUUGGACAUCAGUCUGCCUCUGCUCUCUGAGCUGGAACAAGUCUCUAGAGCCUUUUGGAAGAAUCACCAAAACCAGGAAGACACUCCCAUUUCUCAUGAACAAAACUGCUCACCGCGGGAGGGCCAGGGCCCCGGCCCUGCCCAAUGUUCAGACAGUGACAUUAACCAGACGGAGCCUAACCACAUCUCCCAGAGCCAAGGCCAAUGUAGCACAUGUGAAAGCAGGAAGCAAGUACUACAAGGAAGUGACAAACACGAUGUGAGGACUGGAUCAAAAGACUUAAAUCCGCCGUGUUGCAGGUCUACUAGCAAAGAUUCGGGUAAAACUGAUUGUGAACCUGAUGAGGACAGUCUCAUCACAGGUCAACCAAAUGCCGAGCAGGAUCCUUCACGGCUGCUGCAGGUCAAGAACUUACCUCCAGGUCGGUCAAACAGGCCAAGACGGACAUGCAGAGCACCGUGGGACACAUCUACUGAGGACAGCUCGUUCCUGUGACAGCUCAUCUAUUGGCCUGUGAGGGUCACUUCUGCAGUCCUGAGCCCUGAGCUGUGGAAUAAAGAUGUCUCAGGAAGACAUUUGUGCCUUGCCCAACUAUUGGGAGACAACCUAUUUAUGAAGACUGAUGUGGGGAACCAUGCUCAAAUUCACAAAAGGUGCUCAUGUUAUGUUGGGCAGAUAAACUCCAGGCGACAGUAUUGAUGUGGCUGCAGCUAGAACCCAACUGAGGAAAACUUAAUGGCUUCAUUUGUAAAUUAUUUUCUUAAAUCAGAUGAAAAAUACCUGACAGAUUUAUCAAUUGGGGUCUAGCUUCAGCUUUGUUAAGCUGUGAAACUAAUGUCACUUAUUGCUAUAAGCUAUGAUUCUAUUUAUCAAAAGGUCUUAUAAGUUUUAUUUUCUCAUCUGACAAAUGUCAAACCUUAGACAACACACAGAACUGUGACCCUAUAACCAAUAAAAUGUAGAUAAUACAAGAAGUUGUGUACACACUGAUGACUGAUUUUAAAUCCAUAUUCAACUUUAAAAAAUUAACUGGGGCCAGUCAGAAACCUGAACCUAUUGUAGGGGAUGAAGCAAGUUCUAUGAUGAGGUGGAAGGAGGGGGCAUGUGUGUGGAGUUGGGGUCCAUUAAGGAAAGGGCCCCUUCAAAUCAAAGCAUUAUUGAAGGCGAUGGUCUAAUUUUUUAAAACGUAUUUUUUGUGUAAUAUAAGUAUAACUUCUUAGGGUAACUGGCCUGUUGCCAACUGAAAAGUUAACUGUAACUGUAAUAAAGUAUUAAA